AUGGCGGACAAUGCCACAAACAAUGGCCGCCGCUCGGCAGAUGGUUUAUUGGCAUCACGGCCAUCAGACGAUAACGGGGAGCGAAGAGCUGACGAUGGGGAUCCUCAUUUCGGAACAAUGCUGGCAACGGAGGGUUCAUCGCGAACGUCCCCCCAGAGCUUCACGCCUCGGUCACUCUUUGUCGGAAUCGUCAUUGGUGCCUUGAUAACCUUCUCCAACACCUACUUCGGCUUACAGACAGGCUGGAUCAGCACGAUGGCGAUGCCAUCGGCGCUUAUCGGCUUUUCAGUCUUCAAGGUCUUCUCGAAAUAUCUCUCGUACCCGUUUACGCCGAUCGAAAAUGUCCUCAUUCAAACGGUAGCAGGAGCCGUGGGAACAAUGCCUUUGGGAUGUGGUUUUGUGGGGGUCAUUCCCGCACUGGAAUUUCUCAUCCGAGAUGGGGAAGAUGGACCUUCUGGUGACGGUGGUGUGGGUGAAGGAGGGCCGCUAAAGCUCAAUUUCUGGAAGCUGGUCCUCUGGAGCUUGGGAGUAUGUCUCUUUGGCGUUGUUUUUGCCGUGCCAUUGAGAAAGGAGGUGAUAGUAAGGGAGAAACUGAGAUUCCCUAGUGGAACGGCUUCAGCGCUCAUGCUGAAAGUCCUACAUGGAAGUGGAUCCAGUAGCGAGAAAGCAAAGACCGCAGUGGGUUCCGCCUCUAUUCACCGUCAAGAGGAAGGCGAAGCAGUUGCAUUGGCGUCUGAACGAGGAGAGACAGGCACCCUUCUACAAAAGGAUGCUAGCGAGUGCCACUCAGCCGAUAAGCGGGAUUGGAGAUCAAAGAUGCGCUUACUAGUUGGUGCUUUCGUGGUGUCUGGUGUUUAUACGCUCUUCUCUUACUUUGUCCCUCAAGUUCGCGAUGUACCCAUUCUCGGUCUCACCCUGGCGCAGAAUUGGCUGUGGACUCUCAAUCCUUCCCCCGCAUAUAUCGGUCAAGGUAUUAUCAUGGGACCAUCCACUUGCAUGCACAUGCUCCUCGGUGCUAUAUUGGGCUGGGGCAUCCUCUCCCCGCUUGCAAAGGCUCGUGGCUGGGCACCUGGCCCCGUGGACAGCUGGGAAGACGGGAGUAAAGCCUGGAUUGUGUGGGUGUCUCUGGCCAUCAUGCUGGCCGAUUCACUUGUCAGUCUCGGCUGGCUUGUGGUGAAACCUCUCAUCACUCACGCUCCAAAACUGAAAGCGAAACUCUUGUCCAGCCGGGUUGGGCAGUGGAUUCUCUCUAAAGGAUCGAGCAACAUGGCUCGACAUGAAUAUGUCAGAUACUCUACCCUAAGUCCUAUCUCGGAAGAGUCAUCUACAGCAGCCUACUCCGCCCGAUUUGCCGCAAGGCACGAAGAACCUGAAGAAGAAGAUGCUCCACCGUCCCAACUCAUCUCUACUCGGACCGUGAUGAUUUUGCUCCCUCUGACCUUGAUUUUGAAUGUGGUCUGCAUGCACAUUGUAUUUGGCGACGUGAUGUCGCCUAUGCUCUCCAGCCUCGCCACACUGCUGGCCGUCCUGCUGUCGAUUAUGGGCGUUCGUGCACUAGGCGAGACAGAUCUCAAUCCCGUCUCCGGGAUCAGUAAACUAACCCAGCUCCUUUUCUCUCUGGCGACACCCGCCUCCCACUUCUCCCGACGAACCGCACUAAUCACCAAUCUCCUUGCCGGCGCAGUUUCUGAGUCCGGCGCUCUCCAGGCUGGCGACAUGAUGCAAGACCUGAAAACGGGCCACCUGCUCGGCGCCAGCCCGAAGGCUCAAUUUUACGGCCAAAUGAUCGGUAGCCUCGUCGGCGCCGUGCUCUCCACCGCCGUGUACAAAAUGUACGUAAGCGUCUACGAGGUCCCCGGCCCCAUGUUCCAGACCCCGACCGCCUACGUUUGGAUCUUCACCGCCCGUCUCGUCACAGGCCAAGGCCUACCCCCAAUGGCCUGGCAGGCCUCCCUAACCGCAGGCAUUGUCUUCGUCGGCAUAACCAUCCUGCGCAUCUUCGGCGCUUCGCCGCUGGCGAACGGCGGCCGCCGCGACGCCACCGCACCCUGGAGAGCAUGGAUCCCCGGCGGCAUCGCCGUGGCCGUGGGCAUCUUCAAUGUCCCCUCCUUUACGCUUGCGAGAGCGAUCGGCGGCCUGAUUGCCUGGUGGUGGUCCCGCAAACACCCCGCCAAUUCUAGCCCCGAGCGGCCUUCUACGCCCCAGGCUCCAGUGGUAUCGGGAACACCGCAGAUCCUAGAAAGUACAACACCCGCAGGCGGGAAACCAGCCGAACAGAUUGCCAGGGAGGCAGACGCCGCGUCCUCGUCCUUGGUAGUCCUGGCGUCUGGUCUGAUCCUCGGUGAAGGGAUUAUCAGCAUUGUCAAUCUUCUGCUCGCGAGCGCGAGCGUUCCGCACCUCUAG